CAGAGAGCCACAGCAACAGCGUGCCGUGUCUCCCCAAUGGAGCUGCCAUUGGGCGGACCAGCGCUCAGGCACUACACCCAGAGCAGACCGAGACCUCACCGACAAAAACUGAACUACCGUCCCUGCAGACCACAGGAGACGAUAAUAGAGAGUGACAAUGAAGUCCUUGAGCUCAUGGGGCGAGUGGAUGAAGGAGUUGAAGAGUUCUUUACUAAGAGAGUACUUCCUACUGAUACACUGAAAAAGCAAGAUGAGGAAUCCAUCACAGUGCACGAAGUGGCUCCUGCCAGCUCUGUCCCUUGUCCACCCCCUACGAAAACACUCAGGAGGAAGCUUGGUGACUUCUUUACACUCAAGAAGAGACGAGGUCUGAAAUCAGAGGCGAGCCAGGAGGGGCGACCCAAAAAGGCCUCCAUCGCUGAUCUCAUUCGCCCUCUCAGGGAGGUUGCCAGAGCCGAGAAGGAAAAAGAUAAGGACCGAGUCAAGGAGCACGACAAGGAAAAUGAAAAGGAGAAAGCGAAGGAAAAUCCCGGUGCUGUUACUGGAGAGUCAGCUGUUCAGGAGACACCUGGCGCUCAGCUGAGGGGUGAAGCGGUGCCUCCCCGCCGAGCUCUCAGAGAGGGGAAGUCCCAGUCUCUCAUUUUGCUGUCUGGAUCAGCAGCUGCAGGGAGUACCAAUGCCAGAAACAAGAAACAAUUUGAAGGCCAACAUAGCUUUGAACAGAAACUCCAUCUCAUGCUUCAACGCAUUGGAGUUUCCAAAGCCCAGCCAGGAGAGACACAGAAUCCCGAGGGAGAGAUGAAAAAAGCUGAAUCUGAAGGUACUAUCAUUGAUAGUAAACCUGAGCCACCCCCGACUUUCACAAAACCUCGAACGAUGUCUGCAUCUUCAGAUACAAGGCAUCAAAUUCGCCCAAGUGUGUCAGCACACGAGUCAGCUGGGAAACCUGCUUUGCUUCCAAAGCCUGUUAUCAAGCCAGGUCCACCCCCCACAACAUCUGGCCGCAACACACCUGAGAACGAGCUAGCCCAAAUACAGGAAGCGGAGACAAACAUGCCCACUAAACUGACUCCAACUGCAGCUCCGUCAACUCCUGCUGCUCCUGCACUCACUACUACCACCACUCCUACUGUACCGACAAUCUCAAACUCAGUCCCUGACUCAACCGAUUUUACAAGUACUGUAUCUCCCUCUGACACAGAUAUAUGCACUGACUCUGUUAACCCCACUGCAGCAGCCACAACACCCACGAAUGUUACAGAGCUUGACAGAAAACCGUCUAUCCCUGAAGCUAAUGCUACUACCACUGAACCACCCACCUCCACCUUUACGACAAGCACCACUACACCCACAGAGCCCCCUACCCCUGUUUCAGUCAUUUCCUCUGAGUCCGUCACUCCAAGCCUCUCUGUCACUUCAAACUCAACAACCACAACUAUGCCUUCCAUUACCACCUCAGAAACAGUUUCUGCUCCCAGCAAUGAAAGCUCAGUUUCCACAACAUCAACAACCCUGUCAACUAAAUCGACUUUCUCAGAGCCAAAUGGUGUUCUCUCAGUCGAUGCUACUCCUGCUGCUGGUGGUGAUGCAGCUAUUUCUGUCACCACCACGGUUUCUUCACCCUCCACCAGCACAUCAGAUCUGCCACUGGGCUUGUCUGCUACCACCAAUUUAGCCACUAAAGGUUGUGAUGAUCCCACUUUAGUCACCUCCACUAGCUCUGCAACUUUAGUUUCAUCAGUCACUAAAACAACAUCUCCACCUCCUAACUCAAGUGAUACCAUCACAACUGCAGUUUUACCUGUUGCCUCCAUUACCUCUCACUCCACCCUGAUCUCUCCUGCCCUGCCUCCCACCAUCUCCACCUCUUCCACUACCACUACAAGCCCGACAUCCACCGACUGCAUGAACUCUAUCUCUGCUUCCAACAUUACUCACCCAGCCACCCCUGGCCCCGCAGAUAUUGCUGCUCCCUCCACUUCGUCCAGUGAAACAAACCCCACAGACACCACUUCCACCGCCACCAGUUUAAACCGUGCAGAUACCACAUCCACCACCAGUGCAGCUACUGCAGCUGCAAUUUGCUCCCCACUCAUGACUGACUCAGACCCACCUUACACUAAUAACGUCAGCACUACCCUCGCAUCAACUAUUGAUAACUCAAGUGCUACUUCUCACCAUUUGAGCAGUCCAGCCCCCUCUAAUGACAGUCCAGGCCAGGAUAAUGAUUUGCAGACAUUUCCUGAAGAAAGAUCCAGCGUAGAGCUUGCAGACAAGGCUGACGAGGAGCUUGAGAUGGUUCAAAAGAGCAAGCAAACUGAGAUGGAUGAGAGCAAGAAAGUCGAUGGUGAGAAGGAGAGCGAGAAUGAGAACGAGAAACCAGCUCUCACUCCUAACAGUGAAGUGAUAAUGAAAGAAGUGCAGGAAGAAAGUGUGAAACCCGAAGAAGACACGAUGAAAUCAGAAGUGGGAACAACUGAACCUGCAUCAGGAAAAGGUGGUGACCUGCAAAGCGACAAGGAGGUGAUAGAAGGUCCAAAACAAGAAGAAACCAAGUCAGAGGAUGAGAAGUAAUUCAAAAAUGAUUAAAUGUCGAAACACGGGACCAACUACUGUGACAGCGGCAGGAGAGGCCACAGUAAAGGGUAAAGGGAGGGGGGGACGAUCCAUGGCACUUCCUACAGGGACCACCACAUUACAGCAGCACACCACAAAGGGUGGGCCACUGGACCAAAGAACUGAGAUCCCCUUGGUGUGAUGUAAUCAACAAAUCCAGCAGUGUCUUUGUCCUUUUUUAACUUAUGUUUGAAUUUUUGCAUUGCACGUAUGAUUAUGUACCAUAAGACAACUACUGUGGUAAA